AUGCUGGGCGGGCUCCUCAGGUUCCUCUCGGCGUGCGGCGGGUCCUGGCAGACCUCGCCCGCGCCGCCCCACGCCGCCGGCCCGCCCUCCGACCCCGCCUCGGACUCCUCCGCCUCUGAGGGCCGCGACGGCCUGCUCUGGUGGCGCGACCUCGCGCGCUGCGCCGCCGGGGACGCCUCCGCCGCGCUCGUCCAGGCCAACCACACCCUCGAGGACCAGUGCCGCCUCCACUCCGCCCCGCCCCUCGGCACCCUCCUCGCCGUCCUCGACGGCCACGCCGGCCACGCCGCCGCCCGCUUCGCCUGCGACCACCUCCUCCCCGCCCUCCUAGAGGCCGCAUCCGGCCCGGGCGGCGUCACGGCGGACGCCAUCAGGGACGCCUUCGCGGCCACGGAGGCGGCCUUCAUCGCGCAGGUCUCCAGCCAGUGGGACACCAACCCGGACCUCGCCACCGUCGGCUCCUGCUGCCUCGUCGGCGUCGUGCACGACCAGACCCUCUUCGUCGCCAACCUGGGGGACUCCCGGGCCGUCCUGGGGAAGAAGGUGGGCCGCUCCGGCCAGAUCGUCGCCGAGCAGCUCUCCACCGAGCACAACGCCAAUCACGAGGCUGUCCGGCAGGAGCUCAUGGCCCAGCACCCCGAUGACCCGCAGAUCGUCGCGCUUAAGCAUGGGGUCUGGAGAGUCAAGGGCAUCAUACAGGUGUCGCGGUCACUCGGUGAUGCAUACCUGAAAGACGCAAAGUAUAACACGGAACGGAUCAAACCAAAGUUCAGAGUCUCUGAGCCAUUCAGCAGACCUAUAAUGAGUGCCGAACCAACGAUCGUCUCGCGCAGCCUUGAACCAAGUGACUGCUUCGUCAUAUUUGCUUCAGAUGGCUUGUGGGAGCACUUGACUAACCAGGAAGCUGUGGAGAUUGUUCACAACAAUCAACGCGCUGGGAGCGCAAGAAGGCUCAUAAAAGCAGCACUCCAAGAAGCAGCGCGGAAGCGUGAGAUGCGGUACUCAGACCUCAUGAGGAUCGACAAGAAAGUCCGCCGGCAUUUCCACGACGACAUCACUGUCAUCGUCCUAUUCAUAAAUCACGAGCUGUUAGCCAAAGGAAAUGCGCAAGUGCCGCCCCUUUCCAUCAGAUCCGCCUUAGACCACUGA